UCUUCCACUAAAUGAUAAAACCGGAGGCAAAAAAGAACCUGGUUCAAAACGACGUCUGCACCUUUGUAGCUCAUUUUAUUCGCUAAACUGACGCUCCUCUUAAUUACUAAUUUAAAAAACGCAGGAGUGUUUGUUUAUCACAGGUCAGGUUAAGUUAACGGGGUUUUUGGUGACGAAAGUGGCGAACCCGCAGCAAAGACUAGCCAACUUCAUACAUCUCUAAAGCGAAGGAUUGUUGGUCUCCUGCAGGAGCAGAGGAAGCCGUAAGGAGCUCGUCGGCACCAGCACAGAGCGGUGCAUCAUGGGGAAACAGAACAGCAAGCUACGGCCUGAGGUGCUGAACGACCUGCGAGAGAAUACCGAGUUCACUGACCACGAGCUGCAGGAGUGGUACCGUGGCUUCCUCAAGGACUGUCCCACUGGCCACCUGACCGUGGAGGAGUUCAAGAAGAUAUACGCCAACUUCUUCCCCUACGGCGACGCCUCAAAGUUUGCCGAGCACGUCUUCCGCACUUUUGACACCAACAGCGACGCCACCAUACUUCGGGAGUUUAUCAUCGCCUUAAGCGUGACGUCCCGGGGCGGGCUGGAGCAGAAGCUGCGGUGGGCCUUCAGCAUGUACGACCUGGACGGCAACGGGUACAUCAGCCGGGCAGAAAUGCUGGAGAUAGUCCAGGUGGGUCCAUACAACUCCUAA